AGAGAACGAAACAGCUUCCAGAGAAAGAGAGAGAGAGAAAAAAAAUAUCUGCUGCUUGUGAGAGAGAAUCAAAAUGGCUUCAAAGCUGGUGAUAAUCAUUGUGUUCAUACUAGAUCUAAUCGCCGUCGGUUUAGCCAUUGCCGCCGAGCAAAGACGAAGCGUCGGUAAGGUUGUACCGGAUAAGGAGAAGGUGUAUGAGUAUUGUGAGUACGGCUCAGACAUAGCUACUAGUUAUGGAGCUGGUGCUUUUGUCCUUCUCUUGACCAGUCAAGUCAUUAUCAUGGUGGCUAGUCGCUGCUUCUGCUGUGGGAAGUCUCUUAACCCGGGUGGUUCAAGAGCAUGUGCCAUCAUGCUCUUCCUCAUUUGCUGGGCGUUUUUCUUGAUUGCUGAGAUAUGUCUGCUCGCGGCAUCGAUCAGAAACGCGUACCACACUAAGUACAGGAAGAUGUGGAACAUCGAUGCCCCUCCUAGCUGUGAAGUGAUCCGUAAAGGUGUGUUUGCUGCUGGUGCUUCGUUCGCGCUCUUCACUGCUAUCGUCUCUCAGUUCUACUACGUCUGCUACUCUCGUGCUCGUGAUGAUUACAAGAACCCACCUUACUAAAAUGAGUGGAACUGUUUUAUCCCUUCACUGAUUCGAUAGGAUGUUUCAAGAUUUGAUUGUGUUUCCUUUAAGCUUUUUGAUUAUCAAGACAUUACCUUUUGCGUUUCAUUGUAUAAAUACUUAUUUAACAUCUACGUUGAGUAUCUAAGAUUGUUUGUUGUUA